CGAGAUGCCAAGCAAGAAGAAGAAGUACAACGCGCGGUUUCCGCCGGCGCGGAUCAAGAAGAUCAUGCAGACGGACGAAGAGAUUGGGAAGGUGGCGGCUGCAGUGCCUGUCAUCAUCUCGCGGGCGCUCGAACUCUUCCUGGAGUCCCUGUUGAAGAAGGCUUGCCAGGUGACCCAGUCUCGAAAUGCCAAAACCAUGACCACGUCCCACCUGAAGCAGUGCAUUGAGCUGGAGCAGCAGUUUGACUUCUUGAAAGACUUGGUGGCAUCCGUGCCUGACAUGCAAGGGGAUGGCGAAGACAACCACAUGGAUGGGGACAAGGGUCCUCGAAGGUGGGUAGCCAAGACCAGAUGGACUGCACCUUCCCGAAGGGGCCGGAAACCAGGCAGCAGUGGCAGGAAGAAUGGAGGCACCGGAAGUAAAGCCAAAGACAAGAAGCUGUCUGGGACAGACUCAGAACAGGAGGAAGAGUCCGAGGACACUGAUACUGAUGGAGAAGAAGAGACACCACAGCCUCCACCCCAAGCCAGUCACCCCCCUGCCCCCUUUCAGAGCCCUCCAGCCCCCUUCAUGCCCUUCACCUCUCCUCUGCCUUUGCCCCCAGCGCCCCCUGGCCCCUCAGCACCUGAUGCAGAGGAUGAAGAGGACUAUGACUCCUAGCAUUCACUGCCCCUGACCCCAGGCCACAUACCCCUUUUAGUUAGUAUUAGUUGCUCUGGGGAGAAGAUUAAAUUUAUUAAAAAAAAGAAAGAAAGAAAAGAAAGA